AUGGGCGGCGUCAAACAGCGAGAUCAGGCCUGGAUCCUCCAACACUUCAAGAAGAAAACCUGCAUGACCUACAUUGAGGAUCCACUGGAAACAGGCGCCCCCCCUCAGUGCCAGUGCGGGAGGCCCCGGGCCGAGCAUGCCUUCGUCAUGGCCGUCAGCAAAUGGGACUCGGCCCAGCACACCAUGGAGGGGCCCACGGACGCCUUUGGGGAGCUGGAGUUCGUGGGGGCUGGUGGCAAACCCAGCAAGUUCAUCCGCCUGUCGGACUCCUCGGACCCUGAGCUCGCCUACAACCUGGUGACCGAACACUGGAAAAUCUCCCCUCCCAACCUGGUGGUGUCGGUCGUCGGGGGUGACGGGGAGGCCCCCGUCCGGGCCUGGCUCCGGGACCUGCUGCGUAAGGGGCUGGUGAAGGCGGCACAAAGCACAGGUGCAUGGAUCAUGACCGGGGGGCUGCAGGCCGGGAUUGGGCGAUACGUCGGGGAGGCCGUCCGGGACCACGCCACGGCCAGCACCAGCCCCUGUGCCCGCGUGGUGGCCAUGGGCAUCGUGCCCUGGGGCGUCGUCGCCAACCGCGAGGCCCUCGUCAAUCCCAAGGGCUCGUUCCCUGCCCGCUACGCCCGGGUCGCCGCCGCAGACACCGCCCGCUCCCUGGACAAUAACCACUCGCUCUUCUUCCUGGUGGACGACGGCUCCCGGGGGCGCCCGGGGGGCGAAAGCCGCUUCCGCGCCCACCUGGAGAAACACAUCGCCCAGCAGAGGGUGGGCGCUGGCA